CAGGCAAUCUGUAAAACAGGAGAGCAUCGCUGACCAAACAAAGCGCAAUCAAAUACAGCUGUGUUUGGCUUCAGAAAAUAAAGAUAAAUCUUUCUUUAAUUUCAAAAUGUUGCACGCUAAGUGUCCUCAGACAGUCCAACCCUGAGCAGCCGCAACAGCAACGACAUUCAUGCAUCAGUAUCAAUAAUCUCAGGCAAUCUUCUGCAGAGUGGCAACCUUUAAUAUUUUAUACAAAUUUGACAUUUACCUAAGUAGAAUUUUAAAUGCAAGACUUUUACUUGUAAUGGAGUAUUUUUUACAGUAAUAAGACACAUUUACCAGCUGACUUCCUCCUUACAGUCAAGUGUUAAAGUCACUCACAUAAUUGAUCAUGUCUGCUGAGGGAAGAGGGAAUAGCCAAUCAGAUAUAGAUUGACCCCACACCUGCAAAACUAGGGUUUAUUCAGUGGAAUGUGUUUCUAAAAGAACAUCAAUAUUAAGAAUUAUAAUUAUUUAACGUUUUUUUAUUUUUGUGAAAUAUUUAAAUAUAAGUAUAAUAAUUAACACACAUACACACACACACACACAUACAGUAUAUAUGCAGACAAUGGAAAUGUUUAGACAGUGACUGCAAAUAAAAUCAAUGCCAGAUUUAUUUUUGUUUGUUUUCAGCCCUAAUGUUUUUUUUUUUAAAAAGGAAAAUAAAAAAUAAAAUGAAAAGACAGCAUCCCACCAGACAUUUAAGUUGAAAUAUGUUUAAAUAAUAAAAUUAUUUAAAAAAUAUAUAUUCUUUAAGUUUGUGAGUUAAUGAGGUAUUUUGUGAUUAAAUGCAGUGAAACUAAACUGUUGUAGGUGUGGUUGCUCGCUGCGCCCCCUGCCGGUGAUGGCCGCCGCCUCCUCCCUCCCUCCUGCCUCCGUACAGUCACGUGACACCAGCGGCAAGAAGCUGCAAACGGCGCUGACUCGGAGCCUCAUCAUCAUCAUCAUCAUCAUCAUCAUCAUCACUACCACCACAGCCACAACCACCGCAACGGCAGCGUAGAGAUCCGACCGAGCAACCGGGCUCUUUACCGAUUCGAGGAGCCGGGCGCCAUGGCGGGCCCCCGUUAAAACGAGCCCCAGAUUUAUCCUCUUUGUUCUUCCCUCGACGCUUCGUAGUGUUUUACGCGCCUCCGCCGAGGAGGGGCCGCCGAGGAGAAGCUCUCCCUUUCCGAGCGGCGGAGGAGGAGGAGGAGGAGGAGGAGGAGGCAGGAGCAGCAGCGGCAGCAGCAGCAGCAGCGGCGGCGGCGGCGGCAGCAGUUGAACCGGGGAGGUGAUUUCUACGGUACGAGCCGAAUGGCGGACCGUGAGGCGUCGCCGAUACCGUUGGAGAUCCGAGCCCGGCUGGCGGAGCUGGAGCUGGAGCUGUCAGAGGGGGACAUCACUCAGAAGGGUUAUGAGAAGAAGAGGUCCAAGCUGAUCAGGGCAUAUGUUCCACAUGCUGGAGGAAUGGAGGGGCCCAUGUCUCACCGGGCCCCGCUCGGCCCGCCCUCUGCUGCCCGUUUCCACCGGCGGAGAACCUCCGGCACGAGAGACGAGCGCUACAGAUCAGACGUCCACACCGAGGCCGUGCAGGCCGUGCUGGCGCGACACGUGGAGAGGAAGGUGGCCGUGCCCAUGCCCUCCAAACGGCGUUCGCUGGUGGUGCAGACCUCCAUGGAUGCAUACACGCCUCCAGGCCUGUCCCCCCUGUGCUCAGACUCGUCGUCGGGCUCGGAGGAGGAGGCGGGGCCGGGCGACGACAUGUCCGGCAUGGAGCACUGGAUGAGCCGCCCUUCCCAGUUAGGCCCCGCCCACCUGGGCUCCACCUCCUCCUCGUCUUCGUCAACGCAGAGCGGAGGCAGCGGCAACGCCGGGCGGCUGGCCGACUCGCUGGCGCACACGCACAUCUCGCACCUGGCGCACACGCACCUGGCGCACACGCACCUGGGCCAGUCGCACCACCAGCAGAGCCACCUGUCCCAGUCACACCACGGUAUCGGCCACCUGUCUCUGAAGAGGAAGGGCGCUCUGAGCGUCGCAGAGAACGGAGGAUCUCUGCGGCGAUCCUGCGAGUUUGGAUCCGACAUGCUGUGGCCACCGCCGCUGGAGUCCGACGAGAACCACUCGGCCCCCCCGGACGUGACGGGCUACUCUUCGGACUCGUCCCACUCCCACACCGAGCGUCACCACAUGGCCAACAUGGGAACCAUCGCCAGGAACACGCAGAAGUACGGCAACGCCGAGCGCAUGGAGACGGGCGACGGUGUCCCGGUCAGCAGCCGUGUGUCGGCUAAGAUCCAGCAGCUGGUGAACACGCUGAAGCAGCCGCGCAGACCUCCGCUACGAGAGUUCUUCGUCGACGACUUUGACGAACUUCUAGAGGUCCAGCAGCCGGACCCCAAUCAGCCUCGGCCGGAGGGGGCGGAGAUGAUGCCGGUGCGGGGCGAGGCGCUCGGGGUGGUCACUAACUGGCCCCCCUCCCUGGAGGCGGCGCUCCAACGCUGGGGAACCAUCUCCCCUAAAGCCCCCUGCCUCACCAGCCUGGACACGGCGGGGAAGCCGCUCUACGUGCUCACAUAUGGGAAGCUGUGGUCUCGCAGCAUCAAGCUUGCCUACAACAUCCUCCACAAACUGGGCAGCAAGCAGGAGCCCAUGGUGCGACCGGGUGAUCGGGUGGCGUUGGUGUUCCCCAACAACGACCCGGUGGCCUUCAUGGUGGCUUUCUACGGCUGCCUGCUGGCUGAGGUGGUCCCCGUCCCCAUCGAGGUGCCGCUCAGUCGCAAGGACGCCGGCAGCCAGCAGAUCGGAUUCCUGUUGGGCAGCUGCGGCGUUACCGUGGCGCUGACCAGUGACGCCUGCCACAAGGGUCUGCCCAAGAGUGCAACAGGAGAGAUCCCACAGUUCAAAGGUUGGCCCAAGUUGCUGUGGUUUGUAACAGAGUCCAAGCAUCUCUCCAAACCUCCCAGAGACUGGUUCCCUCACAUCAAAGACGCAAACAACGACACUGCUUACAUAGAGUAUAAAACCUGUAAGGACGGCAGCGUGCUGGGCGUCACGGUGACGAGGAUCGCUCUGCUCACACACUGCCAGGCUCUCACCCAGUCCUGCAGCUACACUGAGGCCGAGACCAUAGUGAACGUUCUUGACUUUAAGAAGGACGUGGGCCUGUGGCACGGCAUCCUGACGAGCGUGAUGAACAUGAUGCACGUGAUCAGCGUGCCCUACUCGCUGAUGAAGGUCAACCCUCUGUCGUGGAUCCAGAAAGUCUGCCAGUACAAAGCCAAGGUGGCCUGUGUGAAGUCCAGAGACAUGCACUGGGCUCUGGUGGCCCACAAAGACCAGAAGGACAUCAACCUGAGCUCGCUGCGCAUGCUGCUGGUGGCCGACGGAUCAAACCCCUGGUCCAUCUCCUCCUGCGACGCCUUCCUCAACGUCUUUCAGACCAAAGGCCUGAGAGCCGAGGUCAUCUGUCCCUGCGCCAGCUCCCCCGAGGCGCUCACCGUGGCCAUCAGGAGGCCAGUGGAGGACAGCAGCCAGCCUCCGGGUCGAGGCGUCCUGUCGAUGCAGGGUCUGACAUACGGGGUCGUCAGGGUCGACACAGAGGAACGUCUCUCAGUGCUCACCGUGCAGGACGUGGGCACCGUCACACCAGGAGGCCUGGUGUGUGUGGUGAAGCCGGAGGGCGUCCCGCAGCUCUGUCAGACGGACGAGAUCGGCGAGCUCUGCGUCUGCUCCAUCGCCACGGGAACCUCCUACUACGGCCUCACCGGCAUGACCAAGAACACCUUCGAGGUCUACCCGGUGAGCUCCAGCGGGGGGCUGAUCAGCGAGUACGCCUUCGUGCGGACCGGCCUGCUGGGCUUCAUCGGCCCCGGCGGCCUCGUCUUCAUCACGGGCAAGAUGGACGGGCUCAUCAUGGUGAGCGGGCGGAGGCACAACGCCGACGACAUCGUGGCCACGGCGCUGGCUGUGGAGCCGAUGAAGUUUGUCUACAGAGGCAGGAUAGCCGUGUUCUCGGUGACGGUGCUGAGGGACGAGAGGAUCGUGGUCGUGGCCGAGCAGCGGCCCGACUCCACGGAGGAGGACAGCUUCCAGUGGAUGAGCCGCGUCCUGCAGGCCAUCGACAGUAUCCACGGCGUGGGCGUGUUCUGCCUCGCCCUGGUCCCGGCCAACACGCUGCCCAAGACUCCUCUGGGCGGGAUCCACCUGUCCGAGAUCAAGCAGCUGUACCUGGAGGGGGGGCUGCACCCCUGCAACGUCCUCAUGUGCCCCCACACCUGCGUCACCAACCUGCCCAAACCACGGCAGAAACAGCCAGAGAUCGGACCUGCCUCUGUGAUGGUGGGGAAUCUGGUGUCAGGGAAGAGGAUCGCUCAGGCCAGCGGCAGAGAUCUGGGACAAACCGACGACAACGACCAGUUCCUGUUCCUGUCUGAGGUUCUGCAGUGGAGAGCUCAGACCACACCAGACCACGUCCUCUACACCCUGCUCAGCUCCCGGGGGGCGGUGUCCAGCUCUCUCACCUGCCUGCAGCUGCACAAGAGGGCGGAGCGAGUGGCUGCUCUGCUGAUGGAGCGAGGAGGUCUGCAGGAGGGAGACCACGUCGCUCUGGUCUACCCACCAGGUAUAGACCUGAUCGCGGCCUUCUACGGCUGCCUGUACGCCGGCUGCGUCCCCAUCACGGUGCGGCCCCCUCACCCUCAGAACAUCUCCACCACCCUGCCGACCGUCAAGAUGAUCGUCGAGGUCAGCCACUCGGCCUGCGUGAUGACCACGGCCGUCAUCUGUAAGCUGCUGCGCUCCAAGGAGGCCAUGGCCACCGUGGACAUCAGGAACUGGCCUCCUGUCCUCGACACUGAUGACCUGCCAAAGAAGAAGCCUCCAGCUCUCUAUAAGCCCACCAACCCUGACGGUCUGGCCUAUCUGGACUUCAGCGUGUCGACGACCGGCAUGUUGGCGGGAGUUCAGAUGUCCCAUAAUGCCGUUGGAGCCUUCUGUCGGUCGGUGAAGCUGCAGUGUGAGCUGUACCCGUCCAGGGAAGUGGCCAUCUGUCUGGAUCCCUACUGCGGCCUCGGCUUCGUCCUCUGGUGUCUCUGCAGCGUGUACUCGGGCCACCAGUCCAUCCUGAUCCCUCCGGUGGAGCUGGAGUCCAACCCGGCGCUGUGGCUGCUGGCCGUCAGCCAGCUGAGGGUGCGAGACACCUUCUGCUCCUACAGCGUCAUGGAGCUGUGCACCAAAGGACUGGGCCUGCAGACCGAGGCGCUCAAGGCUCGGGGUCUGGAUCUGUCCCGGGUUCGGGCCUGCGUGGUGGUGGCGGAGGAGAGGCCCAGGAUGUCGCUCACACACUCCUUCUCCAAACUGUUCAAAGACCUCGGCCUUCACCCGCGAUCCGUCAGCACCGCCUUCGGCUGCAGAGUCAACCUGGCCAUCUGCCUGCAGGGCACGUCAGGACCGGACCCCACGACUGUGUACGUGGACAUGAGAGCGCUGCGCCACGACAGGGUUCGGUUAGUGGAGAGAGGUUCUCCUCACAGUCUGCCGCUAAUGGAGUCUGGCAAGAUCCUGCCCGGAGUUCGAAUCAUUAUCGCCAACCCAGAGACCAAAGGACCGCUGGGAGACUCUCACCUCGGAGAGAUCUGGGUGCACAGCGCUCAUAACGGCAGCGGCUACUACAGCGGUUACGGCGAGGAGGUUCUCCAGUCCGACCACUUCAACUCCAGACUCAGUUUCGGGGACACGCAGACGGUCUGGGCCAGGACGGGUUACCUGGGCUUCCUCCGCCGCACCGAGCUGACCGACGCCAACGGAGAGAGACACGACGCUCUGUUCGUGGUCGGCGCUCUGGAGGAGGCCAUGGAGCUGCGGGGGAUGAGGUACCACCCCAUUGACAUCGAGACGUCGGUCAUACGUGCACACAAGAGCAUCAUGGAGUGUGCCGUCUUCCCCUGGACCAACCUGCUGGUGGUGGUGGUGGAGCUGGAGGGCUCCGAGCAGGAGGCCCUGGACCUGGUUCCCAUGGUGACCAAGGCGGUGCUGGAGGAGCACUACCUGAUCGUGGGCGUGGUCGUGGUGACGGACAUCGGCGUCAUCCCCAUCAACUCGCGCGGCGAGAAACAGCGCAUGCACCUCCGCGACGGCUUCUUACAAGACCAGCUAGACCCCAUCUACGUGGCCUACAACAUGUAGCCUGAGUGUGUGUGUGUGCGUGUGUGUGUGUGUGUGUGUGUGUGUGUGUGUGUGUGUGUGUGUGUGUGUGUGUAGGAGAGAGAGAGAGAGAGCGAGCAUGCGUUUGUAUGCCGUGCAUAUCGCCGUUGUUGUUCAUUUAUUUCCCAAAAUCAAGAUGUACUGUAUUUUUGAACCUGCAUAUGGUGUGUGGUCUUAAGUCGUCCGUUUUCUUUUAAAGUCGUUGUUGUGCCGGUUGGUUGAUUGAUUGACUGACUGAUUGAUUGACUGACUGAUUGAUUGAUUGCUCAGUGGUGGUAUGACCAUUUUUACACCCCCGCUCAGUCUCGUGACCGUUACCAGGAGCUCGUCACUGUAGAAAGCCUUAGGGGAACACUGUGUGCGGGGCGGCAGCUCCGCUCGUCACACCAACCGCCGUUUUUCAGAGGUCGUAGGAGGUCGAGGUAGAGAGAGAGAAAAACAGUAGAGACUGUAUUUGACGUCAUGUUUUACUGGUCCAAUCGGAAACUCCCAGAUUCGUGGUAUUAUUUCAAUUAGAACAGGGGCAGCCAGAUUAUUGUAAAAAUAUAAAUAUUGUACAUAGACAUAAUAAUCUAUAUGGAGAGGUACCUAAAACACAAUGAGGUAUAGUAGCCCCUGUAUGCAGCUCUCUCCACCCGCACCCUGUGUGUGUGUGUGUGUGUGUGUGUGUGUGUGUGUGUGUGUGUGUGUGUCCAUCUGUCUGUGUUAAUGUGUGACAGGGACAUUUUAUCUAGUUUCAAUGUGAAUUCGACGCGGAUUUCAAAGAGAUUUUAAACAUUUAGACAAAUAAGAAAAAUUUUAUUGGGACUAGAAAACGCUGAAACCAGAUGUGACCGGUCCAGGAACCGAAACUGAAAACAAAAAAAAUAAAAACAACAACAACAACAACAGCUGGACAUUUGUUUCCAGUGUCUGUGUUUGUAGUUAAAGAUCUUCGUGCCUCCAAAAACCGUCUUGAAGCAGCUUCUUGUAAAUCUGGUUUGGUUUUUGAAAAGCUCGUGAUCAUCUGACUCUUUCUGAACCAUGAAGGAAAAAUAUUUUUUAAACUUGUGGUUAAAACAAACCUGUUAAAAAAAAUAAAGAGGAAUUCAAGUUGUAGACAAGAUGAUAUAUUUUAGUUUUUAUUUUCAAGCUAACGAUGGACUGUAACAUCUUACAGGCAGAUUUAUAUUAUAUCUUUAUUUUAAAAUUUCUUGAUGCAGUUUAUUUAACAGGCGUUCAUAGUCACUCUUUUAUUUAUUAUCUAGUCUCCUGACAAUAUGAAAAACUUUGGUUUCAUCCCUUUAAAUUUAAAUUUUCAAAUCACGAAAUCUUGGAUUAUGUUGUUAUUAUUAUUGUUUUUAUUUCCUCUGUUUCCACCUGUUGAAGUUUUAAUGUAACUUCACUGUCAACAAAUCUUUUCUACACAUUCACAAACUUUUAAUUCCUCAUGUAGAAUUUCUUUUUGCAGGUUUAUAAAUAUUAAACCACAGACUUUGAAGCUAAAAACUUUAUUGAUUUGAGCCUGUAAAAAAAAGUGAAACAUCUUAUUAAUUCAAAGCAAAAACAAUAAUUAAUGAUAAUCUUCCUCCUUCACGUCAGUCAGUUUCUGUGUGAAGUUCAGGCCCUGAAACGUCCAAAGCGUCUCAGAAGCAAAGUGCACUGUGUGUAUAUAGAAGAGAAAGACAGAAUAUUAUUAGUAUUUAAAGGGAGUUGAAGGGAGACGCAGUCAUGUGACUCCCGGACGGAAGUGAAGCGUCGCUGCAGCUGCUUCACGUUCUGACGCAGCCAAUCAGAGACGAGAGAAGCAGUCGCUCUCAGUCCAGAUGUGGAGUUAACUGCAGAAACAUCUGGAGAAAGUUUACAGAGAGAGAGAAAGAAAAAAAAAAGAAGCUCUGAUUGUAGCAAUAAUACCCAUAAGGCCGUUCUUCACUGUAGCGACUCUUCAUCAUCUUCUUCAUCAUCAGCUCCAGAUUUGUUUAUUAUCAGAUUGUUUUUUAGUUUAUAAACUACAGUUUUAAUAACUAACGAUUUAUAGAGUCAUUUAAUAUAAAAACCAGAGUUUCUUCUUUUUAACUAAAACACAUGUUGAUACUUUGGAUCUGAACUACAACUAAACUUAAUUAUUCCUUUUAUUUUCUUCAGUCACAAACACGUCGCUUUUCUUUUGAUCAGAUAAAUAAAGGAAGAAAGUAAAGAAUAUGGAAGGACUUUUAUAUUUUUUCUGACACUGAAAAAUCUCAGUCUUUUUCUCACCAAAACAAAACAAAAAGCGUCUUCUUCAUGUUUCCGUGGAGACGUCAGUGAAGAACGUCCUCUGGGCCUUUGUGCACUAACUGAGAAUCAUAUAUGAGAUUUAAGAUAAAUAAGAAACUAUAUUAAAGUUUUUAAAGAAAUCAGUUUAUCCCCAGACCAGCUGUAGAGAUCAGCACCUGAGCUGUGAAUUAUGGGAAAUAAUACAGCUGUCAGACUGACUGACUCUGCAGCUGCUGGAGAAAAACUUUAUUCAUUCAUGAGCAGUGCGUCGUUUGUUUACAUCCUGUCGAUAAAGUUUCACCUCAUCCUUCUUCUUCUUCUUCUUCUUCUUCUUUGUUUCACUUUUAUCAUCGUUUGUCUUUUUAUCAGAAGGAAAAAAAACAACUUUAUGCAUAUCAGAGGUUACCUAGCGCUUGUUUGGCUAUUUUAGCAGUUUGGGUUUGUUGGUAGCAGCGUAGCGGUCAUGUUUCAGUCCCUGUGUGUGUGUGUGUGUGUGUGUGUGUGUGUGUGUGUGUGUGUGUGUGUGAGAGAGAGAGAGAGAGAGGUGGAGGACGUUCGAUAAGAAGGAGGUCCCAUCAGAAACCCAGAGGACUCGUCUGUGUGUUCAGGGCUGGAUGGGAGAGAGACUGCAUGGUGUGUGUGUGUGUGUGUGUGUGUUUGGGUGCGUGUGUGUUAGGUGUGUGUGUAUGUGUGUGUGUAUAUUGUAUGUAAAUAGUGUUGAUUUUGUACGGUACAAGUGUGUGUGACUUGUUUUGUACACAUGAUAAAAAGAUUAAAUGACACUUUUAUAAGAGCCUGCUAUUGGCUCACCGUCACACUAUACAGUGCAAUAAAGUGCUUUGAUUGGCUAAAACUCA